UGAUUUAAAGUCUUGAAAAUUGUUUUCCCCCUAUUAUAGAAACAUGGCAAGUCCAAGAACAAGAAAAGUUCUUAAAGAAGUCAGAGUGCAAGAUGAAAACAAUGUCUGUUUUGAGUGUGGUGCAUUUAACCCCCAGUGGGUGAGUGUGACCUAUGGAAUCUGGAUCUGUCUGGAAUGCUCAGGAAAACACAGAGGCUUGGGAGUUCACCUCAGCUUUGUACGGUCUGUCACUAUGGACAAAUGGAAGGAUAUUGAGCUGGAGAAGAUGAAGGUUGGUGGUAACGGCAAAUUUCGAGAAUUUCUGGAGUCUCAGGAAGAUUAUGAUCCUUGUUGGUCAAUGCAGGAGAAAUACAACAGCAAAGCUGCAGCUCUCUUUAGAGAUAAGGUGGCUACUUUAGCUGAAGGCAAGGAAUGGUCUCUUGAAACUUCUCCUGCCAGAAACUGGACCCCACCUCAACCCAAGAUGGCUCUGUCUUCAACUCAUCGUUCAGCUGGAUUUGAAGACUGGUUAAACGAUGAUGUCGGCUCCUAUCAAGGUGGCCAAGAGAAUCGCUAUGUGGGAUUUGGGAACACAGUCAACCCUCCAAAAAAGGAUGAUGACUUUCUCAAUAAUGCUAUGUCUUCACUAUAUUCGGGAUGGAGCAGUUUUACAAUUGGAGCAAGCAAGUUUGCCUCAGCAGCUAAAGAAGGUGCUACGAAAUUUGGAUCUCAAGCAAGUCAAAAGUUUUGGGGCUACAAGCAGCAGCCAGAGCCGGCAUCAGAGUUAGGUCAGACUUUAAAUGAAAAUGUUCUCAAACCUGCACAGGAAAAGGUGAAAGAGGGAAAAGUAUUUGAUGAGUUCUCUAUGGGGGUAUCUCAUCUUGCUACCAAGGUUCAGGGAGCUGGCAGUAAGGGAUGGCGGGACGUCACCACUUUCUUUUCUAGCAAGUCAGACGAUCUUUCUGAAAGACCUCCUGAGAGCGACAGCUAUCAGAACAGUGGAGGAGAGGGCUAUCAGAACAAUGCUGUAGAUCAAAGCUUCUGGGAAACCUUUGGUAACUCAGACCCACCCAAGGCUCAUAAGUCCCCAAGCAAUGACAGUUGGACCUAUGUGGACAAUUCCACAGAGAAGAAAAGCUCUGAUAGCUGGGACGUCUGGGGCUCGGGGACAGUCUCCAACAAUAAGAACAGUAACAGCGACAGCUGGGAAAACUGGGAGACCAACUGGGAGAAUGCAGGAGGGGAGAGUAAGACCAAAAAAACUCCCAAGAAGAUGACAAAAGUGUCUUCGGCAGCUGAUGAAGGCUGGGAUAACCAGAACUGGUAGGACUCUGUCACCCUGCUUCGCAUGGCGAAGGAAGGAGUCCAUGAUCUCUGACGGAAAAAAGUUUCACAAGCAACUGGAUUAACAUGGUUGUCCUUAUUGACCUGUUACCUUGUGCUUCCCUUUCAUUCUCCCCUUCUUCUGUUCCAGUUUAGCAAAACAAAUAGUGUCUGAUUCUCAUCAUUACCCUAUGAAGAUGUGGCUCUACCAUCAUAAAGGAUAGUAAUAGAUAUAUUCUCCUUACCAUUGCACUAUCGGAGCUGGUUAUGCUAACUUCCUAAAAUGAUGGGUCAGAGGAACAAAUCAGUGCAAGCAUGUUUUCAUGGCACAAUAUUGCAUGUGUAGUUUCUUAGGCUUGCCCCUCCAGUAUUCCUAACUUCUAACGAAGUUCUAGAAAACAUUGGAGGGUGGGGUGAUGCAAAGAAAGGAGGGGAUAUAUCUUCAACAGAUAGCCAGCAAUUGAAUGAGUGAACUGCAGUUAAUUCAGUACCAAUUUAAAUGCCUCUCUGUACUGCUGGAACAGCGUUAAAUCUGGCAGUUCAAAAAGGCCGUGAAGACACUUUUUAUUGAAGCUGUGUUUUUAAAUUUCACAAGGUUUGAGAACUUUUUUUAAACCAUUUUUUUUCUUGGAGAAUUCUUAGAUGAGAGAAAACUAGAACUAGAUAAUAAUUAGUAUGUAACUUACCAUUUUUGUCAGCCUGACCAUAUAGGAGUAUUCAGAAUUGCACCAUUUCUUAUUUUUGCCCUUUGAUUUACGUAUGCAUGCAGUGCAGAUUUUCUGCAGGAGUAUCCUACAUAAUUGUGGUAUUUUUCCCUUUAAAUAUUGUGUCUUCCUUUCUUUAACUUUGUUCUUUCCAGAUUACUAAUUUCACCUGCUUUUUGUUAAAAUGAAAUCUUUCUCCUCUUCUGCUUGAGCUUUUAUCAGCAUUUAUAGACCACAGUCACAGUGAAACAUUGGAAAAAUUAGAGGCAAGCUAUUUUUGAGAUGAAUAGGACUUGGAUUUAACUGUGAAACUUGAAUUUAGCAGAUUAGUUUAAUCAAUCUCUUGCUUCUAAUUAUUUAAUAUAAUAAUUUAAACCACCUUUUCCUCCACAAUUUCCCUAGUACCUUUAAAAAAUUUUCAAAGAAGGUUUGGUCAGGUCUCAAUUUGGAUUUUUUUUGCAGCUUUUUUGUGAUUAUAAGCCCAUAACCUUUGAAUAUGGAAAACUUAGACUAGAGGAAUUCAGAUCUGUUUCCUUUUACAAGGGUGUCCUGUGUUAAGUAUCUGUCUGCCGGGGGGAGGGAGGGAGAAUAUAGCUCUAUUUUUUAUUGUCAUUGUGGUGUAAUGUUAUAAAUAUACCACAUGACUGAAUAUUGUAGUUAGAAGUCACUUGAAAACUUCAAAUCAUGGUGCCAUUGGAAUACUUCAGGUAUCACUGUGGAAUUCUGUACCAUGGUCAUUAUUUAUGAACCUUUGGAGAAUGGUUCUAAGAGUAUCUUUGUAUUGAUGAAUUGACCAAAUUAUAUUUGUUGCUGAUCAUUUGACAAGUUUUCUGUCUCAGCAUUGCUUGCUUUCUGCCACUCACUAUGGAGAAAGUUCAUGUUUAACCAGUGGAAGUCGGCCACAAAUUAGCUGUCUUUAGCAGCCAGAAAAAAUCAUCAUGAUUUACCCAAAAAGUAUUAAUGGUUUCUUGUUUAUCGUGUAAGUAGUAACAGCCGUAAUAUUGUGGAGACAUUUUUGAUCUUGCAGGGUUGUUUAUUAUAUUUCUAAUUAUCAGUUGAAUAUUUUUCUGGUCUGUUUUAUCCCUUCUUCUGUAUUGCUCUCCCAUCUUCUAUCUCAGUGGUUUUCUCAUGGUUUAGUGCCCUUUCAGUAACCUUUUAGUGAUCUGUUGAGUUCCACACCUAACCUGAGAACUUUAUGCAAUGCUAGUGAUUAUCUAGAGUUUGCUUGUGCCAGAUUAAUGCAAGACUUUGUGUGUCACACUAAGGAAAACAGCAGCACAGUAAGAUCUAAGACUCUGAUGCUUCUUGUGGUAAUGGCACCAUUUUCAAGAAUGUUUACAGACAGAAUCAAUACAGGUGAUUUUAUUGGAAUUUCUGCUUUUCUGUUUGAGAUAUUGUCAUGGCUUGACUGCAUGUUAAACAUGUUACAGUUCAUGUAUUUUUAUGCAUACCCGUCUAUUACUUGUUCUUCCUUUCAAGUGUCUGCUGCCUAGUUUGAAAAUGUAAUGCAUGUACUUUGAAGGUCAUGCUAUGUAAUUUAUAUGUGAAGUGGUAUUGCACAGUCCUUGACUAGCAAUUUAAUUUUGUGUAGUAUUGCAGUAAUAGUGACAGCAAAAAGCACCUGAUUGGCUGGGUUGUCUGACUUCUGAAGCUGUUUGUCUAAAGUGAUGUUAAGCUGAUUUAGCUUCCUCUGUACUAUUUUCUUACUGUCUUUUUUUUACCAGCCUCCUGAAAUAGCUUACUGUAAUAGGUUGAAUGAGCUGUCUAAAAAUAAUUUCAUGUGCAUACUCCAUUAUCCCUAUUCUCUCCACUUUUGUGAUUUGCCUAAUAGGGACCUGUUUACAUCACAACUUCAGCUAAGCUGGGCUCAACCUAGUUUUUGGCUAUAUGCUUGAACAUAGUAAAAAUCAUUGCCCUAACUGGGUAGAACUCUGUGACAGUGCUGUUCUUCCAGUCCAGGUGAAAAUGAAGUGAACAUCUUUCUACUUCUCACUUUUGUGAGAGUCCUAACAUACCUUAUACUUCCAGAAAGGUAUUCUAGGGUGGCUAAACAGUAGCAUAGUGGUAGGAGAUAUAAACGGAACAGUAAAACUAGGUCUUUUGCUCUAUCUAAGUGCAUGCAGUUCCCAUUCAUUUUAGGACUGCUGAAUCAAAUAUGAAUUUUUUGCCCAUCUGAAUCCAAAUAUUCUACCAUGUAAUUGAGUAGAGGUGAGAGAAGGGUGAAACUAAGGCAUUUCCUUCAGUCCAAUUUUUGUUCUCCAAGGUUUUAAUGUGUUAGCUACUACUUGGAUAGGAAGUCUCUGCCAUUUGAAAGCUGUUCUGUUGGGGGAGAGCAAUGUCACAGACCAGUUUUUAAUUUAAAGUGUUUACUUAUCCUAAAAAGCACCCUCACAGCUGGCACUCUUAUAUUCUUGAGAGGUACCAGUAAUUGAAUGGCAGAGCCUAGGCUGCAUGGAUGUGGCCGAGUACUGAGUUGGAGACAUCUUUGAUGUAUGCAAGCCUAGAGUGCCCCGGUAUGCUGUGCCUGUUGUUUUGGAGAAACAGGAUUUCUGUUUUCAGGAUUCUCAGUUGUUCAUCUUUCACUGCACGAGAAAAUAUGGUUAAAACAAGAGAGAUGGGUACUUGGGAAAUGGGGGUUGGAAAAGUUUUCUAUAGGAUACCACAUCAUCCAGGUUAGCCUUUCCAUGCUUCAGUCUCUUUUUCAUUUAAAUUGAAGGAUCUCAGCAGUGGCAGAGUUGCACAGAGAUUUACUUCAGGGGCUUUCAAACUCCGCGCUGUUCGCAAAGGAACAAGACGUUUUUGUUCUUGAGCGUUUCCAAACCAGAAACGGGAUCUUCUGUUUCUAGUGUUGAGGAUUUUGAAACGUUCCUUUUGUCUUCAAGCCUGUCACUACUUACUAAAUUUCAAACUAUCCUUGGCCAACGCUCCAUAAUUCUAGAUCUGAAGGAAAAUGCUGCUGCUUUUUUCCCCACUCCAAGCAUUGUAACAUUCCAUGGGGAGAUAAUGUAUUUCAAUGUAAUAAUCUGUGCAAUAAUUUAACCAAUGUGAGUGAAACCUCCUUUGUAUUCUAAUCCAGGAAACAAGAUUUAAAGAUGCAGUGUCCCUUCUUGAGGUCAAAAUAGCAAUCAAGUAAGCAAUCAAAAGUAUUUUAAUAUCCCUAUUGUUUUGGUAAAGUGAUUUAAUUUUAAAAUCCCUGCCCAAGGAGGGUUUGUUCAGUCUAGGGAUAAGGUGGAAGUAAAGUAAAUAAGUGGAAUCUAAUGCCCAUUGCUAAAGUGAUGUAUUGUAAUGGCCUAGAAUGACCUUCUCUAGAACUAUUUUUGGGCCAGCAGAAAUUUGGUAAAUGAGUGGGGUACUGGAUCUUUAAUUUUUCUUAAUGUGUUAUGUGAAGUUCAUGGGAAUGGUAAUUUCAGUGAAAAAUAUUUCUUGUUCUUUAGAGUGGUACUGGACUUGAACUGCAGUAUCCUCUCUUAAAGGAGCAUUACAAUAAAGCAAAGAGAAAUGGAAUAGA